AUGCCGGCGGCACAAUUACCCGCGGUACGGAGCAAGACCCUCCUUCAGCAGAGAAACAGAACACAUCUGGUCGACGUGGUGAACAACACCGCGAACGACAUUGGCGUGUAGACUGACUGUCGGGGGGGGGGGUGUUCAGGAGAGACCCCUCUUUGCUUCUCGCUACUGCUGUUGUGUUGGGAAAAAGUCGGAUGGGAACGGAGUUUGCCCCUUGCCUGCUGGCGAGGAGUAGUCGUGGGGUCGCACCACGAAAUCCUUUGCACUCAGGUUUUCAGUCUUGAUCUUUUUUUCGUCGUGCAGGUUUUUCCCCCUCUGGGAAGUGGAGAGGGUAGAGGAAAACGUAACAUAGUCUAAACGUGAAAUGCUUUUUGUUUAUGUUUAUGUUUUUUUUUUAGCAGUAGUCCUCCGCUGUCACCUGGGAAGUUGAGGACUGGGAUAUAUAGGGGCCGUGCGCAAGCACGCUUCAUGUUUCAAGUCUUGGUUUAGUACCUUGAAACCGAGUCGAACGAAGGCAAACAGCAGUGUGCAAAUACAGAGACUCGCGCGGGUACCGAGGGUAAUGACCGUCUGUAGUUACCCUACAGAUACUCUACAGAGCCUACCCUGUGAGUUCUGUGACGGUUGCACCACAGUACCCUACACUUCUGUGAGUUCUGUAGCACACACGGUACCCCACAGAGAUUACCCUCUUGGUCUGUAUACAAUACCCUAACACUUCUGUGAGUUCUGUGACGGUCGUGCCGCAAUACCCUACACUUCUGUGAGUUCUGUGACGGUUGCACCACAAUACCCUACACUUCUGUGAGUUCUGUAGCACACCCGAUACCCCACAGAGAUUACCCUCUUGUUCUGUAUACAAUACCCCAACACUUCUGUGAGUGCUGUGACGGUCAUGCCACAAUACCCUACACUUCUGUGAGUUCUGUAGCACAUCCCGUACCCUACAGAGAUUACCCUCCGGUUCUGUAACAGAUCCAAUACCCCACAGACAUUACCCGUACCCUACAGAACCUAA